CGAAGCACACGGUUUACGCAGCAGCAAGAGCCGAGAAACUCGCUCAGGGAAUUAAAAUUGUUAACCGCGCUGCUGUUUCUUUAUAGGGAUACCACUUGACGGUGGACGCAAGUCAGCACGCACAUGCUUAUAUGGGACUACACACCAUGGUUCCGACACCAAUGAGACUGCCUCUGCCUCUGCCUCUGCUCUAACCUCAGAGAAAGUAUUUGGGUGUCCCGGAGCAGGCUAAAAUUUGUCUUUUAAGUAAAGAGUACUACUGGAAAUACUCUCUGGAUGAUGACCACGGAUUGGACUACCUGUUUUCUGUUUAUUCGCUCAGUGCGCAGGGAAAGGACUGGAAGACUUGCGUCCGUUGCCUUCUCUGGUUUAACAAGGCACUUUGGAGAUCACUGAAAAUCAAGAGGGGCUUCUGUAUUCACUCAUUUUCUACCAGGGCUGUUAUUUUAUCCGAACACAGCUCUCUCACUUUUUUUUUUUUUUUUUUUUUUUUUUUUUUUGUGAAUGGGGAUAACUCCAGUCCUAAAGGUUUGACACAACUGCGACCUGGGACGGGACGGGGUGAACGGAGAGUUGGAUCAACCAGGAUUGUAUUCCCCGCUUCAGUCUCUGCCGUGGGUCUAUUUACAUGUCCGAGCUGACCACUUUAUGACAAUGGAUUACUUUCUGCUUUUGUGCAGCCUCUUGCUGCCCGUGGUGUCCGCCGUUGAAGAGACGUUGAUGGACACAAAGUGGGCCACGACAGAAUUAGCAUGGACUGCACAUCCUGAGACUGGGUGGGAAGAGGUGAGUGGCUAUGAUGAUGCCAUGAACCCCAUUCGGACGUACCAAGUCUGCAAUGUACGAGAACUCAACCAGAACAACUGGCUACGUAGUGACUUCAUCCCACGUAAAGAUGUACUGCGUGUAUAUGUAGAAAUGAAAUUUACAGUGCGUGACUGCAACAGCAUUCCCAACAUACCAGGUUCCUGCAAAGAGACCUUCAACCUCUUCUACUAUGAGUCUGACUCAGACUCAGCCACAGCCACCAGUCCUUUCUGGAUGGAGAACCCCUAUGUGAAGGUGGACACCAUUGCCCCAGAUGAGAGCUUCUCCAUGCUUGAGUCUGGACGGGUAAACACAAAAGUCAGAAGUUUUGGGCCGCUGUCCAAAGCUGGGUUCUACUUGGCCUUUCAGGACCUUGGUGCUUGCAUGUCACUCAUCUCAGUGAGGGUGUUUUACAAGAAGUGCUCCACCACGAUCGCCAACUUUGCAGUUUUCCCAGAAACAGCAACAGGAGCUGAGGCCACCUCCUUGGUUAUAGCACCAGGAAUUUGUGUGGCCAAUGCCUUGGAGGUGUCUGUGCCACUGAAGCUCUACUGCAAUGGAGAUGGAGAGUGGAUGGUUCCUGUAGGAGCCUGCACUUGCUCAGCUGGGUUUGAACCAGCCAUGAAGCAAACACAGUGUCAAGCUUGCAGCCCUGGCUCCUUUAAAUCCAAACAAGGGGAUGGUCAAUGCUUUCCCUGUCCAGCCAACAGCCGUGCCACAUCAGGAGCAGCCAUUGUUUGCUCUUGUCGAAAUGGUUAUUACCGCUCAGACACAGAUUCUCCAGAUUCCCCCUGCACAACUGUUCCAUCUUUCCCACGCAAUGUCAUCUCCAGUGUUAACGAAACCUCACUGGUGUUGGAAUGGAGCGAACCACGUGACUUGGGUGGCCGUGAAGACACCUUCUAUAACGUCAUUUGUAAGAAGUGCCUCCCUGAGCGGGGAAUGUGCUCACGAUGUGAUGACAAUGUAGACAUUUCGCCUCGCCAUCUCGGCCUCACCCAGCGACGUGUUGCAGUCCGUAACCUACAAGCCCACACGCAGUACAGCUUUGAGAUCCAGGCAGUCAAUGGCGUUUCCAACAAAAGUCCCUAUACUCCUCAGUUCUCUGCAGUGAACAUCACCACAAAUCAGGCCGCUCCAUCUGCAGUGCCAACAGUCCACCUGAUGGCUGCCACAGCGAGCACCAUGAGCCUGUCCUGGCUUCCUCCAGAGAAACCCAAUGGAAUCAUUCUGGAUUAUGAGAUUAAGUACCACGAGAAGGAUCAGGGUGAGGCCAUUGCCCACACCAUGACUGCCCAACGAAGCAAUGCCCGCAUUGAAGGUCUCAAGGCUGGUACACCCUAUGUGGUACAAGUUCGUGCCCGAACUGUGGCUGGUUAUGGGUGGUACAGCAGCCCAGCAGAUUUCAGCACCAACCUACAAACUGACCCACCAAAGUCAUGGCAAGAACAGCUGCCGCUCAUCGUUGGAUCAGCCACCGCCACCUUGGUCUUCAUCAUCGCAGUUGUGGUCAUUGCUAUUGUUUGCCUCAGAAAGCAGAGAAAUGGCUCAGAGUCGGAGUACACAGAGAAACUGCAGCAGUACAAAUCCCCAAUAGUAACGCCGGGAAUGAAGGUCUACAUUGACCCCUUCACGUACGAGGACCCCAAUGAGGCAGUGCGCGAGUUUGCCAAGGAGAUUGACGUGUCCUGCGUGAAGAUCGAGGAGGUCAUUGGCGCAGGUAACCCACCAAAGCUCCUGAGCUACAGGGGGAAGACUGCUAGUCACCUCCAGGCCAUACCGUUAGAGGACUUCACACCAAGCGGAGAGUUUGGGGAGGUGUGCCGUGGUCGCCUGAAGCUGCCUGGACGCAGGGAAAUCAUUGUGGCCAUCAAGACUCUCAAGGUGGGCUAUACUGACCGCCAGAGGCGAGACUUCCUUUCUGAAGCUUCCAUCAUGGGUCAGUUUGACCACCCCAACAUAAUCCGUCUGGAAGGUGUGGUCACCAAGAGUCGGCCAGUGAUGAUUGUGACGGAGUUCAUGGAAAAUGGAGCACUGGACUCUUUUCUUAGACUCAAUGACGGGCAGUUCACAGUGAUCCAGCUAGUUGGCAUGUUGCGUGGUAUCGCAGCAGGCAUGAAGUAUCUGUCGGACAUGAACUACGUGCACAGAGACUUGGCUGCCCGUAACAUCUUGGUUAACAGUAAUCUGGUGUGUAAGGUGUCAGACUUUGGCCUAUCUCGUUUCCUUGAGGAUGACCCUACAGAUCCCACCUAUACUAGCUCACUGUAUUUCAUGCUCACCUACUCAUUCGCAUAUCCACAGGGAGGGAAAAUCCCCAUCCGCUGGACGGCCCCUGAGGCUAUUGCCUACAGGAAAUUCACCUCAGCUAGUGAUGUGUGGAGCUACGGUAUUGUCAUGUGGGAAGUAAUGUCUUACGGCGAGCGGCCAUAUUGGGACAUGAGCAAUCAAGAUGUGAUAAAUGCUGUGGAGCAGGACUAUCGACUCCCCCCCCCUAUGGACUGCCCCACAGCCCUACACCAGCUCAUGUUGGACUGCUGGGUGAAAGAAAGGAACCUGCGACCCAAAUUCACCCAGAUUGUGGCGACGCUGGAUAAGCUCAUUCGUAAUGCUGCCAGCCUGAAAGUGGUCACCAACAGCACACAGUCCACUGGGGUAUCCCAGCCCUUGCUUGAUCGCUGUGUGCCAGACUAUACCACUUUCACCACUGUGGGAGACUGGCUGGAUGCCAUCAAGAUGAGCCGCUACCGUGACAACUUUGUCAACGCUGGAUUUGCUUCCUUUGACCUGGUGGCCCAGAUGACAGCAGAGGAUUUGCUGCGGAUAGGGGUGACGUUGGCUGGCCAUCAGAAGAAGAUUCUUGGUAGCAUUCAGGACAUGAGACUACAGAUGAACCAAACACUUCCUGUACAGGUGUGAAUGACAGGACACACAGACGGAUGCAGUCAAAGGACAGCCAAACAGGAAAAGGGGAAAGAAACUGUGCCAGAAAGGGCCACUGGAAAACCCUAGCUGCCUGACCCAUCUCUGCCAAUUAGACACUAUGAAACUGGCUUGCAGUGCCUCUGAAUAUAUAUAUUUUUUCUUUAUUUUAUUACCACUUACAUUUCCGGUCCAUGUUUUUUUUUUUUUUUUUUUUUUCUUUUUAUUGUUUCUUUUUCCAUCAAAACAUAAUUAGUUUGCUUUUGAAAGAGGAGAAAGAGUUAAUUCCCUUUCCCAUGCGUGCCUCACCAGGGGUGGGUUGAUGUUUGCAUGCAUGCAGUUUUUAGUGAGUUUGGCUUCAGUCACGUUUUGAUCCUCACACAACAGCCUCUUCCCUUGACCCGGCAACCUAGUUCUGCUGGUUAUGUUAAGUCUAGUUGUAGGUAGUAAGAAAUGAACACCCAGAUAUAAAACAGUGAACACGUUUGUUGUUUGAAGAAAAACAAGCAAAGCAAAAAAUAAAAAAAAAAAAAAAAAGAGAAAAGAUGCGUGUCAAAUCACAGGAGAUAGAGGAUAUUUCUUUCCCUUGUUUUUUUUUUUAGCGCAUGUGUGUUCUCCAUCUUCAUAUUGAAGGUGUGUUACCUAAAAGGGCACUUGCUGGAGAGGGGUGAGGUGGCGAAGAAAAAAAAAAUGGGCUGCAGUCAAAGGUUCAAGAGGAUGUCAGGGAUCAAGAGGGUCAAAGGAAGGCAGCCACAUUUUUGGACACCUGUUUCGACUGUUGGGUCACUAGACGACCUCUUCGCUCUGACCUGAAGUGACUCAGGAUAGUUCCCCAGCCUGGGAACACCUGCUCAUCAACAGUGUUUUUACACAUACAAAUAUUUUUACUUUUUUUUCUCCAAACUUAGUUUCUCUGUCUCUUUUUUUGUCUUUCAUUCACAUUUUGGUGAGAUUUAUGGUUUUAAAAAUGGCCGGUCAAACUGAAGUACCCCCCCCCUCCUUCUCUGCUGGACACUUUUUGUGAUUAGGGGGAGAUAAGGACUGUGGCAACACCAUUAAGAGACCCCUUGGCCUUGUGUGUGCAUUUUUGUACCUGUGUGUGUGUGCGUGUGUGUAUGUGAGAUUACAGUAAGUGUGCCUGGAUGUGUGGGUGUAUCUAGUUGCACACAAAUAUACUGUACAAUACAGCUUCCGCUAUAUGCCACCAUGGAGAAUUAACGCAUGAACUGAACUGUAAUAAGGAGCAACUAUAUCUGAAACAACUACGCUAUACUCUGUGGACAGCUGUUUUUUUUUUUUUAUUAGAUCCAAAAAUAGACUUUGGACAUACACACUCACACAUAUAUAUGUAUAGAAAAUUAUAUAUAUAUGUGUAUCAUGCAGACCUGAGAGAAACCAUUAUGAACACCUUAAUUUCUACUUACAAGUAUCUGGAUUUAGAAUUAAUCCAAAUCCUUGAUUUUGAUUUCCUGUCCUAUGUAUUUAUUUGUACUUCAUCCACCAACCCAUGGCCCCCCUCCAACCAACAACCACACGGACUAGGUUGUUUGUGAGAGUGGACUUGGAAUAAUCAGAAAGAAGAGAAACUCCACGAGGAUCCACCUAAUGAUUUGAUGAUUAUUAAAGAGCAGAAAAUGCAUAUAAAUUGGAUAUUGUAUUUUUGUUGUUGUUCUAAACAGCCUAUUCAUGUUUUAUAACAAAAAUAAGAAAAAUAACAUAAGAAAAAAUGGUGUUUGGACAAAAAGAAAGUGUUGUUCUGAAAUGUUUGCCUGAUUGAAAUUAAAACAGUGGAAGGACAAUGGAAGAGAAGAGGGAAAGUCAUGAGGCAGAGAGGAAGUAAUGAACCCCCCCCCCCCCCCCCCCCCCCCCCCAUCUUAGCCCACUGGUAAUAACUUACUUUUUUUUGUUCAGCCUACAUUGUUGUCUGAGAGUUGGCUGUGUGUAGGUGCUCGAAAUUUUUGGGAGACACCUGAAUUUGAUAUUAAUCUUCCCCAACCCAUUUUCAUUCUCAACAUAAAGAACAUUUGUGAAGCACUGAGCUGUUACUAAUUGUCUUCCAGCACAUUAUGUUCAAUUCCUGCAAACCACUCAACUGUUGUCCAACCCAUUUUACAUAGGACCCUUAAGAAGUUACUAGGGAACAGUUCCAGAGAUAGUACUGAGUCAAACUACUCGAUGCACCUUCCCAUCCUUUCAGUCUCUCUCUAAAGGAGCAGUUCCACCUCAGGGCCAGCAGUUUCUCUCUAUCCUGCAGGAUGCUUAUUAUAAAAUCCAAAGCUGUCAGGGGAGAACUUAUCUGUCUUUUUGUCUGUUAGGUUGAUGAAUACAGCAGCCAAUUGGGAAUUGCCAGGAUAUGAACGUGUAGCAUACAGGCAUAUGCAGACAUAGGGCAGGUGGACCUAUGAUUAUCUCCCAUUCAUUUCCUGUCUGGCCUACAAUCAUCCUGUCUCAGCGCUGGCUGCUGCAUGAUUAGCACAGUGCAGGAUCAACAGCACGGGCACGCAGACAGCCAAAAUCUGCAGCCCCCCCACAUUUUAACUGAUAGCAGCUGCAUCUCUUAGACCAUGCAACUCGUGCCUCUCACAAAAUGGUGUUUGAAGGUGCUGGAUUAAGGAGCUGGGAUGCAUCAUUGCUGUGAUCUUGCAGAUAGUUCCCAUAUUGUAUUGGUUGGAGUUGAUCAAGGCAAUAUGUGGAUGCAGUUCCUUAGGUGUGUAAUAAAAAAUACAGUCUUUUGGUCAUGCCUCAUGUCUCUAGUUUUUCAGCCUCUUUAAGCUCCUUCAGAUAACGAUUAAGAAAAAACAACAACCUGCUCCUUAUUACCGGUAGUUUAAUUUUACUCCUCAUACAGAUAUGUUAACUAAUGCUAGUGGUCUCUGCUAACAGUUUACUAAUCUGUGACAGUAGUGCACACUCACAUUAAUUUUAGCUGUGUUCUAAUACAGUGGAAUAAAUUUUGUGGUGAGUGGUGAGUUUUAUAUUUUCUUCAAAAGUGCCAGAAUUGGCAAUGCUAUUAUUAUAUUGAUUAUAUUGGCAUUAUUAUUAUUAUAUAUAAGAUUUUUUUCUGUAAUUGUGCGCAAUAAUUUUGUCCUCUAAAAAAAAAAAAAAAUGAGAGGAGUGAUAGAGUACUCAUUAUUACUCUCUCCUUCUUCUGUCAGAUCAAUCUUUCAGUCAGCUUAACCUCACUGUUGCUAACCUGCAUGUGUCUCCAAACAAGACGCAAUUGAUAAGCAUAACAAUACAGAAUGGGGGUGGAAUAAAGGAGCUAAACACUAUCAGAUGGUCGACAUGCCUACUCAUGAAAAAUGGCAGUUCGGAAUUUUCUUGAAUUAUUGAUGAAGUGCACAUGUUUGGGGGUCUAGAGUUGUGUUCACCGAAGUCAACUGGCAAUGAGUGAUGAGCUCGACUGGCAGUGUUGCGCAUAUUUGAAAGAUUAACCCACGACCACUUCAACUGCAAACAUUUCAUCUUUAAGUAGCUUUUGUCAGACAUCCAUGGGAGUGUUUCAUAUUCAACAUUUACAGAGAGGAAAGAAACCUGUGCUCCUGUGUCUCUUGUUCAUCCAUCUGACUUCAUGUUGCUGGAAUUAAGAUGGACUGUUACAUUUGUGUGUGUGUGUUUGUGAGUGUGUGUGAUUGUGGUAUAAAAGAAAUGCAAAUUUUCUACAGAAACAGUUGGAUCAACAGCAUUUAAACUGUUAGUUGUGGUUUAUAUCUUCCUGUGCCAAGAGGAUUCAAACUAUCCUAACAUUCCUUACACCUUUCUUUCCUGUUUUACAUUAUUUGCAUCAUCACAUCUCAUACACACACUCCACCUCCUAAAACACCCCUCACCCUAAACAUACCUACAACUGUUGUGCUUUCUUUUCUAAGUUGUCUGUAAAAAAAAAAAAAAAAAAAAAAAAAUAUAUAUAUAUAUAUAUAUAUAUAUAUAUAUAUAUAUAUAGUAGGUUUUUUCUUCUUUCCUCUAACAGGCUCACCACAAAUAUGUCUUUUGGUCACUUUUUUUAUUUUAUAAAAAUAAGCAACAUGUUUCAGAGAGUACUGUAAAUGUUUAGUCGAUUAGGGGCAGGGGUCGGGUUGGAUAAAGAAAUGCAAUUGUUAAUUUCUCUUUGAAAGCAUUGAGAUGUAUUUAAUGGUGCAGACAUACACAACACAUAACUAAAAAAAAUGAUGAUGCAUUCUUGUAGAAAUAUUUUUAAAAGACCUUUUUGCAAUUAAAUUAUUUAAGAAAUGUGACCCGAUUGCCUGGCUGACUCUUUGUGUGAUAAUUCCUCCAUAUGGGAUUUCUUCUUUGUUCUUUAGGUACCAUGCCAAUUCAUAAUCACAUACAUGCUCUGCAGUCAAGUAAUUGCCCAAGACAAACACAUUCAGUCUUACCACUUAUAUUUUUAUGGCCACCUCAUACUACUAUAAUCAUUACCAGAACUUCGAGGAGAAUUGCAGCAGUUGUUACAAUAACAUUUCUUAGUGAUAAUGUGGCCUUAAUGCAGCAAACAAUAUGCUUCAGAUAAACAUCCCUCACCUCCAGAUUUAACUCUGCACAUUUAGCUAAGUGUGCUCCAUGUACCUUCAAGCUGGAACUGUACCUGAUUUGAUGUUUGUAUUUCAGACAGGCUUAAGCUGCUUUAUUGCCUGUGGCGUGUAAAAGCCUGAGGUCACUUAGAGUUACAGUGAUUGUAAAAAUAUGUUCUUAUAGCCUGUCUUUCAUACUCACUUUUGUAGCUACAGAGACAAAAUAAGUGGAUAUUGAUCCUUGGGUAAAGUUACUCAGAGUUCGUGUUGGAUAAAGCUGCUUUAGUUCUUUACUUUUGUUAUAAAUAUAGCUAUGAAAGAAGUAGGUGACAGUGCAGACAGGCCAUGAAGAAAACCAAAGCAAUGUAGCUAAUUAUAUAAAAAGCUAGCAUCAAAACAUGAUGAGGCAAAGCAGAAAGAAGACAUACUGUAUAUGUCAAAAACUUGCAACACUUACGCUCUCUAUAUUGUCUUUCAAGUCUUCUAAUUAAGAUGAGCUCAAGUCAUCUCUGCCGGCAAUGAGACAACGGUCCUUUUUUCAAGCACAAAGAAUAAAAGAAAAGCUUUCUUAGAUCAUAGAUUCUACCUCCUCUGGCCCUUGUCCUGUCCCCUGACUCCCCUCUCCUCCCUUUGUUAAUGCAGAGCCUUAGAUCAGUCCCCCCCGGAUGAGCUCAGAGAGGUUUGGACAGAAAGGGUCUUCUUGUGCUGCAGCAGGCAGAAGAAAAUUUAGAACUUUUGUAACAUCUUGUUCUUAAAUAUUGCCAGAUGAUAGCCUUUCUGGAUCUCUUCUUAAAAUCAAAUAUGUUUUUAUAGAGACACACUUUUUUUCAGUUGACUAAUUUGCACUCUUAAUCAACCUCCAUUUUUUCUGAUUGUGGCACUGCUUUGGAAAAGGAAACUUAAAUAUCACAUGUCCCAAAAUAAAAUUAAGCAUGACUGUAAACAUCCUGGGCCAGAUUGGUGGACCAUAUCGUAGGUUUUGAGUUUAUUUUGGCUAAUUCGUAUAGUUGGUGUUCCCUCUGUGCUCAAUACGUAGUAGAAUCUGUCAGUUUGAGGUAAAUAUGGACCAAUGCCAAGAUGAACUAGAGCAUCGUACACUUUCCUCUGGCUAUUGACAUAGUAUCACGUUACUCCAAGCUAGAGAAUAUUGAUUGUCUGCAGGCCUGUUUCAUCAAAAUAUGCCAUAUAAUUCAAGAGAGAAUUAUUAAGACGUCAAUAAAGAUUAAUUUUUUUUAUCCCUACUCAGUCAGUGAGGCGUCUUUAGCAUAAAUAUUGCUAUGCAUUAACAUGUUUAAGCCACAUGUUGGUCAGGGGGAGGAUCAAUGAAAAACAUGAUCACACAGCAAUAAGAAAAAAAAGUCUGCUUUCUUACAACCUUCUUGCCCACUCCUUUCCUUCGUUUCCAAAGCAAGACUCCCUUUAUUCUCUGUUAGUACCCACAGACUGCUCCCCCCACUUAUGAGCUCCCCACUAAGACCCACAUACUCGUUCAUGACUACUUCUUCAUCCUCUUCCAUAUCCUCUGCCAUAAUCCCUCUCUUUUGCUUGAGCUUGGCACAGCUAAUUGGUCACGUCUGUACUGUGACAUGGGGACCUGACAUAAUUGCUGGACAAAUAGUGAGGCGUUUAGCUUCAGACCUGUCUCAAGCAAGCUGCACACAGACAUCAGCCGACUGGAAAGCCUAAUUACCACUCCAGCCUCACAACUUGCUAAUUGGCAAAUACUUCCAACAAAGAAAUAAGUGUAUCCCUGUGUGCAAGUGUUUGUUAGCGCCUUUGUUUUUUUUUUUUUUUUCCUGAAUUAAUGGGUCUGAAGACUAGGUUUGGAAAUUAAUGAGACAGAAUAUGUGAUAUAAA